AUGUCCGACAUCACUCAAGAUACGUUGUUGCAGCGUCUUUCAGAAUUUUUGACCAUAUAUGGUCCUCUCCCAGCGGAUAUAGACUUCGGUGAUGAACUUACCGAGGCCCAUAAUCUCAUUGCUGAAUGUUUGGAGGCUUUCACCAAGCCUUCCGAAAUCCCCGAACCCGUUAUCAACACGGCUCAAGAAGAGGUCAUUAUCGAUCUCACCAAGGAACUCGAAGCAGCUGACGAAAAGGCUGCCGAUCUAUUGCAAACCUUGUCCGAAUGCCAGGAAGACUUUACCGAGACUAUCCAGGGCCGCGAUGAAGUUAUCGUUGCUCUCAAGGGCGAGCUCGAAGAAUCAAAGGCCGAAGAAGAAGAACUUCGGUAUCGUCUCGCCCUACACCAGGAAAGUCUCGCCAUUGCCGACGAGAACCUCGCCGAUGCUGAAGACGAAAUUCUUCACAUCAUCUCUGCUGCAAAAGCCUGGGAAGCCCAAGCCAAUGCCACUAUUGCCGGUCUUCGUUCUCGUAUCUCCGUCUCUGCCGCUACAGUUAAACCUCGCCAUGUCUCCAAGUCUCGCUAUCUGUCCCCUCGCUCUCAGGAUCCCCGUACCAUUA